GCUUGUAGGAAGUCCCGGAACCCCGUACCUUCCGACUUAUAGCACAACGCAUCUCAGCUACCUCACAAGUUGGCUGAUUUGCAUCGUAUUUCAAUUUACUCAGAAGUUCAGAGUCACCUCUAGUUCUGCAGCUCCUAAACCACGGCUAUCUGCCGUCCCCCAAAACUCAUCCCAAACUUAGUGUCCCGCGGUAUUACAAGGUGUACCUGCACGUCUGAAACAAGCCUCAGGCACGCCAUCAGACUCGCCACCGCAGAAGAGAAGAAAGGCGCCAUCCAUCCCUGUAUUACCCCAGACUUCGGAUUCGGAUCACGUCUUGUACUGAGGGCGACAAGCGAGGCUCCAAUACAGUGGAGAUGAUGUGGAUUUGACGUCUCUACAUUGACAGCUGCAUUGUAAUCCUUGCAUGACUGUGAUAGCAGAGUAAACAUUUAAUCGAAAAUGGUACGGUUCCUAGAUCUUCCCCGCGAAUUGCGCGAUGCGAUAUAUACAGAGCUGCUUUUAUCCUGUCGACCUUCUCCAAGUCUGAAGAACACACAAUCAGCAACUGGCUGGUGCCGCGUACGGGAACCCGAAGGGCCGUGGGAGAAUGGCUGUUUAAUCGCAUCACAGGGCACACCGCCCACCUGUGCUAGCUUCCUGGCAUGCAACCGUCAAAUUAAUGAGGAACUGAUGCAAAUCAUUGCAAGAGCGAACCGGAAAUGGGGGCUUGCUGCAUGCAUGGACUGUGUGGAAAUUGAUGGAACACAUUACUUCACUUGGCUUUCCCUGCCGCUCGUCAGGACAAAAAAGAACAAGUCGCCCAGAAACGGAGAUGAGGAUAGGCACGUGUGGCUUAGUGGGUUCCUAUCAAGCUGGGCGUCUCUGUUUCUUGGUGGUGGAACGUAUCACCACGUUGUCGGCAACGUCGCGAAGACACCAGCCUACACAACGAGUAUUGAGCAGCUACGGAUAGACAUUCGCCUCUUUACACCAGCCAAGACAGGCGGACUCCCUCCUCAUGAUCAAACUGCAUGGGAGAUAUGCGCAGUCCUCAAGCAUAUAUUCGAGCAAGGCCCGGACCCCAUUCAUAGGAGUCGAAAGGUAGCAUUUAUUGACGAAGUCGUCUUGAAUUUGCUGCCUGCAUGCCUAUUGGGCAAUACUUCCCAGACUUCCAGUCCAGAUGGUAGCAACGAUAUGGAUCACGAUAUAUACUUCAAACCAGAGAGCCCUAUUGUCAUUAUCAGCCACGAGUUAGUCAACAUCUGGCAAAAGAUCUGGACUGCGAACGACUUCAACACGGUUGAUUAUCAGGCACGGUACUAUCGAAUGCUACUAGAGAAGAUCAACAGAGUCCGCGUCUGUGUAGAUGGAAAGACUUUCAAGACGAGAGAGUUGGCUGUCGAGCUCGAAAGAGGAAGAGCCGAGAUGAGGAGAAUCGAGAGGAGGUAGGCAGGCAGGCGCCGCUAGAAUAGCUAAGGGCUUUCCUUCUCUGAUCGGAGAGAUUCGUAGCGGUGUGGGAACAGUGAUCGAGCGUCCGGAGAUGAAGCGAC